AUGAUUAUAAUUGUAAUUAUAUUUUUAUUUCUACAUCUUUACAACAAUUAUUCCUUUCCAGUUGACUUACCUUUGUCUCAAGAAGAGUCCAUCUUUACUGCCGAAGAUACAAUUACAGGAGCAUUUAUGGUUGAUGGCGAUGAGAUUGAAGAAGGCAAUACCAGUUUUGAUUUUGAACAAGAAGAAAACUUUGAUGAGACUAGUGGGACCUCGAUAGUAGAAUCAAUCCGUCCUUCAUCUUUUGAUAACAUGCCCUUUUAUAUCCGCUUUGUUGCAGUAUUCAUUGUCAUAUUUCACUUGAUCUUUUUGAUGGAAAGCAGUGGAUUGAUUCUCAUUGAAUUUUGUAAUACUCUACUGUCUCUCUGUGAUAUGUCUGGUGCCCUUCCACUGACGAUCAAUAGCUUGAAGCAUAAAACAGGAUUUAACAUGGUAACAGACGGAAUGACAGUAUACAUUGCAUGCUCACAAUGUCAUUCGAUUUAUCCUCCAGAAACAAGUCAAAGAGUCUGUACAUUUAAGAAAUUCUCUCAAUCUGCCAUUUGCAACAACAAUCUCUUUAAAGUAUCAACUGGAAAUCGUUCUCUUCCAGCAAUGGUAUAUCCAUUCCACUCUCUGAAGUACGCCUUGCAACAAAAACUCUCCAAGCCAGAUUUCGUGUCCAAGAUCAAUUUGUGA